CUGACAGGCCCUGCCUUUGGAAUCUGAGGUAUAAAAUCAGCACACUGAAAGACAGAACAUUUUGACUUGAUAGUGCUGCACAGAUUGGCUAAAAUGAGAGGUGCCACUUCAGAUUCAAGCGAGGAGCCUUUGAUCAAUUCGAGGAAUCCUGAUGUGAUCGUGAGGAACGAUAAAAUAAAAAAGACAAAUUGGAGAUCAAGACCGCUUUUCAAGACCUUUCAUUUGAGAGAAUAUUCCAUGAUGCAGAGAAAAUCUGACAGGCCAGCUUCUGAAGAGUUGAGUAAAUGGGCGGAGUCUCUGGACAAUUUGCUGAGCAGUAAAUGUGGAAUUACUGUUUUUCGAGUCUUUAUGAAGUCUGAAUACUGUGAGGAGUAUGUCGAGUUUUGGGUGGCCUGCGAAGAGUUUCGAAAGAUCAAGUCAAGAGCGAAACGCAGAUCCCGGGCGAAACAACUAUACGAAGAAUUUGUCAGGGAAGAUUCUCCGAAGGAGAUUAACUUGGACUUUCACACAAAGGAGUCUGUCCUCCAAUGCCUUCUUUUCCCAUCACGGUCCAGUUUAAAAGCAGCCCAAAAUAGAGUUUACUACCUGAUGGAGCACAACUCGUACCGUCGGUUCCUGGAGUCUGACCUCUACCAUGAACUAUGUAAAUUUGUUGAAGGAGAGAGAUGAUAUUAUCUUUAUAUAGUAUUCAUGGAACUUAUGAAUCGGUCAAUUCGGUUUAGAAUAGUAUGCAUGUAAAUAUUCAGGAGAGGUGGUUGCAGUUUUACAGAGUGGUCAUUUCAAUGUAUUUAUAAUAUAUUGCAUAUUUUGCACUGAUUUUUAAGUUGUUAUUAAGGUGUCAACAAACUUUUUAUUUAUAUCAUUGAAUGGUCACAUGAAUUUUCAAAACAGUAUGAUGGUUCUGAAGUUGCAUAUGGUAGUUGUAUACUAUCAACUUUCGACUGGCUCAACAAGUACACAACAUUUUGCAUUUUGCUUUUCUAUGAAAAAGCAUUUCUAAAAGAACUUUUUAAUAAAAAAAUGUAUUCCAUUACUUUU